AUGGCCGACCAAGUGGACGCUGCCGCCGGCGUCGAUGCGCAAGGGCCGUCGUCCGCGUCGUCGUCCGCGCAGUGGUCCGAGCACAAUGCGCCCAACGGUCGCAAGUACUACUACAAUGCCGUCACGGGCGAGUCCACGUGGGAGCGACCGGCCGAACUGUCCAUGUCAGCUCUGCAAGCGGAGUUGCCUCGUGCUGGCGCUCCUCAACAACAACAGCAGCAGCAACAGCACCACCACCAACAGCAGCAGCACCAACAGCCGUCGGCUGCAGGGUUCCCGCAGCCUCAGCAGCAGCUGGACAGCCAAGGACCACAAGGUGCUGCAGCAGCAGCUUAUGGAGGCUAUCCGCAGCCGUAUGGCCAGCCGAUGCAGUAUCCGCCUCCGUACGGAGGUAGUGGCUACAUUUAUCCGUUUCCGCAGGCUUACGGGUACCCGCCGCAGAUUGUGGGUCCGGGUCCGCCGAUCCAGACGACGGAAAGUGGCCAAGGACCCCCUGGAUGCAACCUGUUUGUCUUUCACAUACCGAACGACAUGACUAACCAGGAUCUCUUCAACUACUUCGCUACGUUCGGCAAUGUGAUUAGUGCUCGAAUCAUGGUGGAGAAAGAGACUGGAAGAAGCCGCGGCUUUGGUUUCGUGAGCUACGACAAUGCCCCGUCUGCUGACGCUGCGAUCAAAGGAAUGAACGGCUUCCAGGUUGGCCGCAAGCGCCUGAAAGUGCAGCAUAAGAAGGAGAAGAGCCAAGGUCCUAUGUUUGGCGACAUGUCGGGACACAUGGACAACAACGGCAAUGACAUGGGUGGCCAAGGUCCAGGCGCUGCUUCGAUGCCUCCGGGCAACUAG